AUGAGUACCAUCUCGCGUGCUGUUAUCGAGGACCACCGGGAACUGGAGCAGUUCUACAAUGAGGUAGUCUCCAAUGGAGGUAACGCCGAUCACCAGCAGCGCUACGGUAACCAGUUUGUGUGGGAACUGGCCCGCCAUUCUGUUGGGGAGGAACUCGUCCUCUACCCAGCCAUGGAGAGACACCUAGGGGCUAAGGGAAAAGAAAUGGCGGACCACGACCGCAAGGAGCAUCAUGAGGUCAAGGAGAUGCUCAAGGUCUUCCAGGGCAUGAGGGCGACCGACUCCAAUUACGUGGACAAGCUCAAGUCCAUCUGGGGGCCACUGUCAAAGCACAUCAAGGAGGAGGAGGAUGGAGAUCUUCCCGCGCUCGAAUCCAAGCUCGAUGAAGGGCAGGGGGAUACAACCCAGCAGACGGCAUGGCUGCGAAGCAGCUCCAAGUCGCCCGCAGCCAGUGCUGAGCGCGGCGAGUCCACCAGGUACACUCAAGUCACUCCAGCCACGCAGCAUGAUAUACUCUCCAAGCAGCGCCUGAACCGGCCCAUCGCGCCACACCUCGGUGCCUACAAGAUCGAGCAGACCUUUCUCGGCUCGUCAGCGUGGAUGCGCAUCACCGGAUGCACUUUGACGGGCGCCAUCUACGUCUUCUUCGCCUCUUACCUUGUCGCACCCGUCUUCGGUGUGGGUUUCAACAGCAGUGCGCUGGUGGCUGCUUUCGCUCUCCUUUCACCCGCUGCUCAAGGUGCUAUCAAGCUUAGUCUGGCGUUUCCAUUUACCUUCCACUUCUUUAAUGGAAUAAAGCAGCUCUUCUACGACGCUGGGAAAGGGUUUGGCAAGAGGACGAUGAUGCGGGCUGAGAUCGGGGUCUGGGCUUCGUCAAUCGUGGCUUCAAUCUUGAUCGCAUUUGGGCUUUAG